AUUCGCUGUCCGUUGUGCAGGCUGAGGCGUGCCUGGAACGUAUUGUGGAGCCCAGUAGGGUGCCAAUGGCCGUUCAUGUCAGAAGCCGCCAUGCAAACAAUGAAACUGACAAGGGCUUUUCAGGAGCCGCCAGGUGAUAAUAAACAAGACGAUUGCAAAAUAUGUGGCGCAAGAUUUGACAACAUUAAGGAAUGCAUGGCUCAUGAGCUCAGACAGCAUUCGAAUAAUCCAAAGCGAGCAGCACGCCAACUUCUGAAUACCGUGGCCAAGGUAAUCAAUAGUGAUAAAAAUCAAGCGGAACGCAAAAAAUUACAGGAGGUAUUAGAGCUGGCUAAGCCGUUCAAGGAAUUGUCCGCGCUUUUGGGUUUCUAUGCAUGCGAUAAACAGAAACUGACCAACUGCUUUGGUCAUGUGCGCAACUGCAUUGAAAGGGAAUUCCGCUGUCGGGUGAAGGUAUUUGCAUUUGGUUCCCUCGUCACAGGCCUGGCAUUAAGGGAUAGCGAUCUUGAUUUGUAUGUAAAGCCCGAUGAUGAUCAGUUAUCAGAAGCAUCGAGUAAGCAGCUUUUUAAUAUGGUCACCAAAUUUUUGCAUCGUUCAAACUGCUUCACUGAUGUAUUUGCAAUACGCCAUGCACGAGUUCCGAUUAUAAAGUGCAAGCAUCAGCUGACCGGCCUCAGCUUGGAUAUUAAUAUGUCGAAUCCAAAUAGUUUAUAUAAUUCGCGUUUCGUUUGCGAUCUCAUAAACAUGGAUCAGCGACUGCGUGAGCUAUUUAUAUUUCUGAAGGUCUGGGCCAAGAGUGUGAAAUUAAUUGGACAUGGCAGUAUGACCAGCUACUGCCUUAUUACAUUGAUAAUAUACUACCUUCAACAGCGAUAUAAACUGCCGUCCAUCAAUGAGAUGCAAGCUCACUGUGAGCCGAUGCUGGUCUGGGGGAUUAAUUAUGCAUAUAAUUUGACCGAUAUGAAGCCAUUGCCAGAGUUAUUGAAGACACAGGAUCUGAUUGCCGGUUUUUUUGAGUUCUACACCAAUAUGGAUUUUGAGAAGAUAGUGAUUACACCAUAUCUGGGACGUGCGUUAGAUCGUAAAGGGGCUUUAGACCAGCUCGAACAAUAUCCGGAAUAUGUUCAACAAAUGCGCGCAAUUGAAACACACAGAGGUGAGCCGCCGGAAAUGUUGCAAACACAGCGCUGUGUGUGUGUCCAGGAUCCAUUCGAAUUGAACCACAAUGUGGCCAAAACCAUAUCCUCAAAUAAUCUAAUAUACCUGCGACAAUGUCUGGCAUUAGCUUCACAAGCUGUUAACGAUCGUAAGUUACAAACAGCGCCGCCCAAGCUCUUCGAUUAUUUACUGUUUGGAUUGACUGAGGAAAUAAUACGUGAAAUAAAUUCUUCCGCCCGUCCGGCUAAACUGCGAAAACAACCAGCAAGUGUUAUCGAGCUAGAUAAGAAUGGUUCACAAAAGGGUGAGCCACAGUCCCAGAACGAGCAGCGCAACCAAACAGAAGAGCAAACCAAUGGCGGAUCCUUACAUAUAUCGCAUGUAACAAAUUUGAGACCAACCAGUAAUGAGUUGAAAUGUUUGCGUACCGAAUUUAUAGCGAAGAAUCUAAAGACUGAACAUACAUUUUAUUACUAUUGGAUGCAAUUCUAUGUGGAUGUCAUUCAAGAAAUGUUAACUCACAUUUACGCUAUGAAAUUGGAGCCAGUCGAGUCAGAACCAUCGGAUAAAACACUGCCAUUGCAAUUGAAUUAUACAUGGCACAUUACUACGUCUUUGAACACUUGGGCAGCGCGUAAUUUUCAGCGUACAAAGGAUGGUUCGUUCUUUGAAUAUCAGCGCACGCAAACACUUCAGUAUCUUAGGGAGCGACAAAAUAAAUCCGCAUAUACGGUUAACUUGCAGGCUAUUUUGAGUCUGCGCGGUAGUGAGGAUUACAAGGAUAUACGCAUCGAAUUGAAACCUAUGCCCGACGACCCAUUGGGCCUGCAACGCAACAGCCCUCUGACAAAAUUCUUUAAGUCUUUCAAGAACCUUUUAAAUAGUUUUAGUUUUAAGGAAAAAUAUACCGAGUGGAAUGGAAAGCAUUCAUUUUAAAGAUUUCUAUAAAUCUGCAUGCACAUAAUUACUUACAGAGUCUAGGCUACAAUACCUUAAAAAGACAAUAUUUCCAAAUAUAUGUCAAGUUUAUUUUCAUUUGGUUGUGUUCAUCAUAUAGUGAAAGCUAAAAUAAGAUAAAAAGUUUGAAUUAAGUUUUUAGAGCAGAGGGCGGAAAAGGUCGGCUCGAUAAAGACCGUAGAUUUUAGGCGAUAAUCCAACCAUGUCUACUACCUCAAUGAAAAUUUCGAAUAGUCGUUUUUGCCCGGACCCCCUAGGCUCUCGUUUAUUAUUAUUUUUACUGCUUACCGACGUUCGCCUAAACGCCAAAACGAUUAUAGAUAAAGCGCAUACUAACCGACGUAUGCUCAAUAAAUAUGAAUAUAUCCAUGUAUUUUGAAAUGACUUUAGAAAGACAGCUGACUUCCGAACCGCUCUGCAAUUGUAUAUUUGGAUUAAAAUAAAAUUAUAUGUUAUGAUUUA